GAUAUUCUGUCCGCCAGCCAAUAUCUACAGACCGUUACGUAACCAUUCUUUUUUUCAGUCUCGGACUCAACGACGCUCGUUUUCUUUUGCUCUCACAGGAAGCCUUUCUGUAAUUGUAUUCAGGUGUUUCUUGAAAAAACAACACAUCGCUCACCUCAGUACCUUUACUCCUGCCCGGGACCUAUUCUUGUACUCAUACCUACACUUUUCUUUUCCUGUGACCAACGAAAUUUGGAUAUCAGCUAUUACUCCCGGAGUAUGUAGCCAUUGCAAUUGCCCAGCUUUCUUUCUCCGUGUGGAAAGUGGUUGUGCUGAUGCUACAUCUUCUAGGUUGGCUGGCAUCUCACGAAAUCACAGUUCGGACUGGCAUACUUACCACCCGCCAAAUUGACCAAACCAUAUUCUCAAAUUGAACCUCUCAGUCAUUCGGACAUUUCUUUACUGGGCAGUCCCCCCCUCGCUUGAUCCGAAGCAGCACCACGCCACAAUAUCUCUCUGAAGUUGAAGGGUUCUAGGUUGCUUCACUUCUCCAAACCCAAUGCAGAACUCGGCAGCAGGACCUAACGAAUCGAGUAUUUCUACGCGCUUCACCUCAGCCAGGAAUCGACUGCGCCAGUUUUCACGCCGUCUCUCCUACCCCUUCCGCAAAUCUCAAAUAUCUCAGGCUGCCGACAUUUCAACCUCACCCUCACUUCCCAUCAUUACCACGAGCCAGUGGUCGGUGAUUGCGCCUCCGCCAAUCAAACUCCAUCCUCUGCCAGCAAUCACCAUGGAUCCUCCUUCAAGUCCUUCCGCGCGAUCAGCUCGCUCACGUUCGUCGUGGGACUCGGAGGAGUUCAAUCGCAUCUGGGACGAUACUGAUGGUGCCGCUGAGAGAACUACAAGAAAGACCAGUCCAGGCACUCCAGUUUGCGCAAUCUUUGUACACGCUGGCGCAGGUUAUCACAGUACCACGAAUGAGCAUAUCCACUUGGGAGCCUGCAAUGAGUACGUUCAUCCAUCCAAAGCUGAAAAUCAUUGCUCGUACCUCUGUUAUAUACAGGCUAACCUUCUCACAGUGCAGCUAAAAUCGCCAUGCGUUUUCUGAAAGGAGGCGGUACGGCCACAGAUGCAGUUGAAGCAGCCAUAAGAUGUUUGGAAGACAAGGAAAUAACUAAUGCUGGCUUUGGCAGCAAUCUGUCCAUCCAAGGUAUUGUUGAAUGCGAUGCCACUAUCGUUGAUCAUUUGGGAAGAAGUGGCGCUUGUGGAGCAACGGCUCGUAAGUCAUAUCUAUCGUGAACUUUGGUCGAGACCCUUCUAACAUGCAUCACAGAAAUCAGAAACCCCAUACAUCUCGCCCGAACCAUUCUAGAUGCCUCCAAUAAACCACUCUCUCUUCGACGAGUCCCGCCCAAUCUCCUUGUCGGUGAUGGCGCAACUGAAUUCGCAUCCUCGCAUGGAAUUCUGGUUGUUCCCAAUGACUUUAUCAUUUCCAAGAAUGCCCGAGAUCGCUUUAUUCGUUGGCGAGAGGAUUUAGACCGCGCUGAAAAGAGUCGCCGCAUGACACCCAGUUCCAGCGAAACAAGUAUCGAUCGUCAGUAUGAGGAGCGAAUUCAAAGCCAACAACGCCGUGACCACAUGAAUGCUAUCAUGCAUGGGACUUGGAACGAAGGCCAACCUGAUUCUCCCCAGCUAACUCCUGGCAUCGAAUCGUCUCCCUCAGACCCUAGCAAUACAUCCUCCCGCCGAACUCCAAGCCCCGCAAGUCUCGCUGCUGCGCCUACUCUUGGAGUUGGAGUCCACCCACGAAGCUCCUCUCCAGAUAUUUCUCCAGCCAAGCGUCCACGACACGGAAAACAAGCCAGCGAUAGUCAAAUCCGUUCUCGUUCAUUGCUCGGUCUCAACAAGCUCAGCAGCAAGAGUUCGGCUGAUACAUACAUGACUACCAACGAUGGUACACUACAAGUCCCACCCAAUAACAAUGAUGGCUCAGCAUCACCACCGGUUGAACCAUGUCUUCCUGGAGUACUUGAAUGUCAAGACCCUGGUCAAGAACAAUUAUCUCAACCUGUCGAGGAGGAUAUGAUCACAGACACGGUUGGUGCCAUUGCUAUCGACAUGUAUGGUAACAUUGCUGCUGGUUCUUCAUCGGGCGGAAUUGGCAUGAAACACAGUGGACGUGUUGGCCCUGCUGCACUAGUUGGUAUUGGAACGGCAGUAGUACCAGUUGACGCAAAUGACCCUGAGAGCGUAUCUGUUGCAGCAGUAACCAGCGGAACAGGAGAGCACAUGGCUACCACCAUGGCAUCUCAAAAGUGUGCUGACCGCUUAUACCACAACACUAGACGAGCUCGAAGUGGUCAGGAUAUUAUAGCGACGGACGAAGAGGCAAUGGAGUCUUUUAUUAUUGCGGAUUUCAUGGGUCACCCUGGAGUCAUUGGAAGUAACUCUGCUGGUGCUAUUGGUGUCAUGGCAGUGAAGAAGAGCAUAUAUGGAUAUUUUCUUCACUUUGCUCACAACACUGACUCCUUCGCUCUAGCUUCUAUGACCUCUACUGAGAGGGAGCCCAAAUGCGUCAUGUCUCGCCUUGGUGACUUUGGCCAAGUCGUUCGAGGUGGACGAAGAAUCAGAAUUGACUGAAAAUUGCCGGUAUGCAGGUGGCUGUUACCCACGAGAUAUGAGAAACGAGAAAUGAAGAACGCAAAACGAGAGAUGAGAGAUGAGAAACGAGAGAUGAGAAACGAGAGAUGAGAAACGAGAGAUGAGAAACGAGAGAUGAGAAAUGAGACUACGAGGAAAACGAUGAUGAGCCUCCUUUCUUGCAUUGUUAAAAUACCCUAGAUAAAUUGCCCUAAGAAUCAAGUUUCA